AUGCCGGUGUGUAGUAGUGGUAGAGUCGGUAGUGGUGGAGGGGGUAGUGGUAGAGGCAGUAGCGGUAGAGACAAUAGUGGUGGAGGCGGUAGUGGUAGAGCCGGUAACGGUGGAGGUGGUAGUGGUGGAGGCGGUAGUGGUAGAGCCGUUAACGGUGGAAGUGGUAGUGGUAGAGGUGAUAGUGGUGGAUGCGGUAGUGGUAGAGUCAGUAGUGGUGAAAGUGGUAGUGGUGGAAACGGUAGUGGUAGAGCCGAUAAUAGUGGAGAUGAUAGUGGUAGAGUCCAUAGUGGUGGAGGUGGUAGUGGUAGAGAUGGUAGUGGUGGAGGCAAUAAUGAUAGAGUUAGUAGUGGUGGAGGUGGUAGUUGUAGAUUCAAUAGUGGUGGAGGUAGUAGUGAUAGUGGUGGAGGUAGCAGUGGUAGAGGUGGUGGUAAAGGGGGUACUGCGCAAUGGUGA